AUGUACUCACGGUCCGCCUCGGUCGCGUCAAUCCCCCGCCUGCGAACCCUGCGCGACGCCAAUGACGAGGAAAAGCAAUCUCACAGACGGAGCUGGUCGUUAGGCCCGUUCGCUCGCAAGUCAAAGCCGUCCUCGCGUCCCAGCAGCAUCUUCCUGCUGCGGCGCAACACCGAACGCGCCAGCGAGCUCGAUCAUAGCGAGUUCAACGAACACCACCACCACCGCCCUCACUCGUGGCUGGGCGGCUCUGGCAUAGACGUCUCGAGAGCGCAGGCCUGGAGCUCGCGUCGCCUGCCCCAGACGACGUACGUCGACCCGACCUACGCGUCUGACGCUGCUGCUGCUGCCACCGCCGCUGCGUUUCCUGAACCGCCGACUACGCCUCCCCCGAACUCUAAUGGCGUGGUAGAUUCACAUCUCGGCGUCCUACCGUCUCCCGCGCCGACGUCCAUACAUAAGAGGUCUUGGGGCGACUUGAGGAACAUGGAAGACGAGCCGCCGUUGCCGGACGGUGCUCAGGAUAGGAUUCUGAGGAGUGUCAUGCGGCACGCGAGCCUGCCCGUCAGUGUGGAACAGCUACAGGCCGUGCAGGGCGUCGAUCCUGCAACUAUGACUGCCACAGCGGACGAGCAGCCGAACCACGUCUCCGCUGAGGAGGAUCCCGAUCGAACGCUCACCGAGAAUCCCGAGAUAUACGACGAACUGAAGGAAUUCAAAAAGGAGAUUGAAGAUGGUGUGGAUGGCUACGAGUCUUCGAUAGACUCGGGCUCCGAUCCGGUGAGCGACGAGAUAGAGAUUGGCACCGGUGUUCAGGCUCGUGUGAUCAACAAGGAUGGCGAGAUAAGCCCAGUCGGCACCAGACCUCCCACCAUCGACCAGCGUCGCGCAUCUCUAGUCAGCCCAAUAUCUGACUCGGAUAGAAACCAAGAGCGAGACCAGUUGCUUGCAGAGAGACAGAGAGAGCAGGAACAGAUCGCUCUUCAGAAUUCCUAUGGUCUGGAGAAGGAAAUGAACGUCCGGGAGGAAGAGGUGGAUAGUUCAUCUGAAGAAGACGAUGAGCCAACGCCGGACGCUGGAAACAUGACAGGGCACUUUGUUCGGGGUGCGUCUGCCGAUGCGACUGCAAGCAAUCUAGGCGGGCAAUCACAUCUGCAAGACCCAGAUGAAGACGAUGCAGUCGGCCAGCAGGUUGACACCUUUCUUCACGAUGGAUCAAGCACGACGGCAGUGGAUGAAGAUGAAACUCCUCAAGCCCCGACACGGUUCUCUUUUGAGGACGACAAUGUGAAUAUAGAAAAUGGCGCUGCUACUAAUUAUGGUGAAGCAAAUGCGCCCACGCACGUGCAGAGGACGGAUCGCAAUGCGACGCAACCACCACAUAUCCAGAUCCCCCUUGCGACGCAGCAACCGAGCAAGUCCGGGGUCGCCAGCGAUGACGAUUCCUCCGCCGGUGACAGUUGUAGUCUUCCAGGAGACAUUGUCUUGACUCCAACAGUCCAGGCAUCGCAGAACCCGACGCCAAUAUUCGAUCGCCCACCUCAAUUUGAAGAUCAACACGCACGCAAGCCGAGUCCGUUGUCCCUUGCGCAAGAAUUUGCUCCACCCCCUCCGCCAGUUGUCAAUGGACCGCCGAUGAUCACGAAGCGCGAAGUCCGAAGAGACUCGCCGUUGAAUGGCUAUGAUGCGGUUCCCGGUGCACAGCUAUCGCAAGCGCCUCGACGCCAGGGCGCAUUACUUCAAGCGCUGUCGAACGCCGUGGUAAAUGGUUCUUCUGAGUCCGGGUCCAAGCCGAUCCGCACCGAAGGGUAUGCCGUACGCGUCGUGGCUGCUCCGGAGCCACCGAGAUUGCAGAAUCGACCUCCACUUCCUCCGCCUAAAGAUACACCAAUUCCUGUCAAGCCACUCGCGUUCUUUCAGCAUAUACCGAAGGUACAGACUAGCAAUAUUAGGGGUUUGGACGUAACGAUACCGUCUCCUUCAUUCUCGUUUAAAUAUGAUGCCAAAGACGAGCUUCCGCGGCUGUCUACUCCGCCCCGCGCACCUCAGCGUGCUGAUCCGACACGAUCGUUCGCAACGCCUCCGCAGAAUGAUGAGACGCUUAUUGGGGACGAUACCGAGGCGCCAUCUUCGAUCCAAAGACACAAGAGUGACGUGGAAGCUGCGAUGGUUCCAUUGGCAUUGCAUCCGGCAAUCCGAAAUACAAUGAAGCCCGGAGACAAACCAAUUCUGCAACAGAAUGGUACAUCAAUGCCGGGUCUAAAGAGUCAGCAGAACCUCAUGAUAAAUCAAAAUGCAGACAACGCGAGCGUCGCGAGUCUAAUGUCAGACGAUGACCUUUACGGCGACCAUGGCGGAGUAGUGCCGCCUCCUUCAAAUCAGAUCCACCAAGGGCAGACGCACGCGAAAGGAACACCAACGAUAACCACCCACGACUCGACGACAACACCCGGGCAAUCACAUGCUCCGUCCCAGAGCUCGGCGACGACUCAGAAGACUACAGGCCGGCACAGAUCGAAAGACAGUUUAGGGGUCCAGAGUCUCGCGUCUUGGACUAAUCGUACUAGCAAGGAUGAUCGCCAAUUGCGAAGCUCGAUUGACUCUGCGGAUUCACGUCCCAUGUCAUUUGUGACCCUGCCUCGUGAUGGCGAGGGCAAGACAAUCGAACGAGUAAGCACAAUCACCAGGAAAGAGCGACAAGACAGGGAGGAUCUCGUGGCACGUAACAUCAAUCGGAAUCAAGAACCGAAGACAUUAAAGCCAGACGAGCAGGAGCAAAGGUCGUCGUUUGGUCAGCUCGCGGUGCAUCAGCAGAUGGGUCCGCAACACAAUGACUUUCGCCAAACUCAGGAGCCCGCUCGAGAGGAGGAUAUACCAGUGCAAAGGCAACCUACGCAACGCCAGCAUAGCGCGGAGAAUGGCUUCCGUACUCCUAGUGCUUCACACCCUCCAAUCGCGGAAGAACCAGCACAACACGAUCCCAUCGAGCCCGAUAUUGCCUACCAGCCUGGGCCAUCGACGACGUCGCCGAAAGGAGGAAAACCACGACACACUCCGAUCGUGCCAAUCGACCCAAGCCAAGAGCACGUCGCCUACCAGCUUUCUGGCUACCGAGAGGCUACAAAGAAGGCACUAGAACUGAAGUUGCAGGCAGAUCCUAACUUUAGGAAAGAGAACGAGGAGCCGGGCUAUGCAUCCCAGGGGCACAGAAUGGAUAAAGGAAAGGAGCCGUCUAGAGCGCACGGCCUUUCCUUCUUUACGCAGGACGCGGAUCGGUUUAAGCUCAAGGGCAAGGCUAUUGGGGUCUUCAAGGUGCUCGGCAGGCCUUCUGCUGUCCAAGAGAUCACACCCAUGAAUGGACAUGGCGAACCGCGUCCGAGUAAUGGCAGUGCUGGCAGCUCUUCGUCGGCGGUACAGGCUGCACACCGAAUGUCAUUCCAGACUCCAUCGAAUCAUCCCGACAGCGGCAACAAGAAGAAUCGAUUUUCUAUGAAAAAGUUCUUGCAAAGGGACGGCGUUGGAAGUUACAAUUCACCUAAUGCUCUAAAGGCAUUCAAGUCAGAAUCCAAGGUGAAUGGGAACACCACUAAUGACGGCUCUGCCUAUCAAGCUGUGCGACAAGUCCCGCCUUCGCAGGCUUAUCCUGAGAGGUCGCAUACCUCCCACAGCAUGAGUGGUAGAACUUCCCGUCAAUCUGACAAGUACGGGGAGGGCAACCUGUUACGUGAGGAUAUGGACGACGAGGAAGAUGAAGAACUUGACGACGAGGCGAUGAAUGCCGUUCGAGGGAAUAGCUUCGUGAAGUCUAGUAGCACUCUUGGACCUAUCCAUGAGAAUCAACUACAUCCCGGCAUCUCGCCUGUCGAGACAUUUUCGCCGCAUCAUAAUGGUAGGACUCCUUCGCCAAUGGAUAAAGGGAUAAUCACUCCUCCUGAGCCCAAGUAUGACGAUGUGCCACUGCCCGCGGCUUAUGACAGGUCGUUUCGCCACAUCAACGAUCAAGGCUUCCAGCGACCGCUCAAUCCCUAUGGGCCUCUUACACCACCGGGACUUCUGUCGACUGAAAGCCCGACCUGGCGCCGCGAUCCCCGGGAUCCUUUCCGAGGGCCAUCCACAGGGCCACCCCGGAAGUUCUCAUCUGAUUCAUACGCUGCUCACGUCAAGCCCGACCCGGGCCGUCAUAACAGACUGACGCAACCGAUGUCGCCGCCUCUUGUGUCGCCUUUGUCGUCACCGCCGGCUCAUAAGAAACUGUUUGGAAGCGGCUUGGUAGGCGCAGCUAUAGGUGCAGCCAAGUUUGGGGAGACGAAGAAGUCCAAGGCCGCGCGAAACUCGAAAGAUGGCGGUCAGCAAGAGAGGCCAUGGGCUAUAACAUUACCGAAUGGCGUAGAGGAGGAGGAAGAGCACAGAAUGCAGAUGAGCCAUCCCAAGGCAUCCCAGAUUCUGGGUGCUCCAGUGCAGACUGCGCAGCAAAUGCAAGGUCCCCCAAUGCAUCCUCAAGCCAGUGGCCCUCCGCCCGGGUUUCUCUUCGCCAACAACAAUCAAGCACCACAGCCGCCGCCUGGUUUCCGCUUCGCGGCUCCGCACGAGCAGCCGCCUCAGCAUCCGGCUCAACACCCGCAACAUCCGAUCCACCAGAUCCAGAACACGAUGCAUGCUCCCCCGGCACCGCGCCACCCUCUGCUUCAGGGGCAAACAUCGUCUCCGGAGCAUUACCAGCAACAGCCAACUCACCAAGUCCCGCAACACAUGCAGCAGCAGCAGCAUCAGCAGCAGCAUCCAGACGGGCAAUCAAACUAUCCCUCGCACCACGCCCAGCAACCCUCACCACACCCCUCUCGUCCUCCACACCAGCCCCCUCUACCAGGCUACCGCGAAGUGCUUCCACGAGAAGUCCAACACUCACUCAGCCCAAUCCCACAAUCAGCCGUGUCAACAGAGCAUAUCCCACGCGCCCCAUCAGUCAAAAUGUUCCCGCUGCCCCCGAACCACCACCAUUCUCCCUCGCCACCUCUGCUCGACGACAAACACACCCCUUCAUCCGCGCCGCCGCCCCCGCCGCCCACAGCCCAUCCUCUCCGCGAAGAGGUAGCUAACAACAUAGACGGCCCAACAUUCCUCACCGAUCCCACUCCCGCAAAUUCCGCACAUCCAAGCCGCGAGUCCGGCUCCUUUGAUGCCAUAGUCCCAGGGCAGAACGGCGUCCCGGCCGUGCCGGAUAUUCGUGAUGCUGCUGCUGCUGCUGCCAAUCCUCCGACGACAAAUCGUAUGGACACAGAUGCGCAGCAAGUCGACAUGAGUACAAAUCCGCGCGCAUCCCCCGAGGCACGACAGAUCCUGCCACCUCCUCCUGUGCACACACUUACUUCCUCGCCUACGACUACAUCUUCCGCUAAUUCGCAUGAGAAUGACGCAAGCGUCACCGUACACACCGCACAGCAAGCGGAUAGCUUGGCUGCGCAUACUUCCUCUCCCGCGCUAUCUGGUGGUCUGGGUGGUGUUGGUGCUGAUGCUGAUGCUGAUGGUACUACACCUGUUGCUCAUACUCCAGCUGCUCCAGGUAAUGGUGUGUCUGGCACUGUUGUUGCCGCCAGUAGCAAAGUCUUCGACGCACCAGAAGGCAUCGCAGAGCUGAGCGCUGUGCCAAAGGGCGAGGAGGAGGAUGAGCCGGUCAUGUUUGCGGCGAGUUAUCCGGGGAUGGAGUGGAUGCCGACGUGGGAGGGGGAUUGA